AGUGAAAUCAGUCGGUCUCAAGACAUUGAGGCGCUAAUAUAAAGGAGGGAGAAGAGGGUAUUUCGUUCGUUCCUUUUCUCUUUCCAAUAUUUUUCUUUUUUUUUUCUCUUCUUUAUGUAUCAUUUAUCAACAAUUUCUAAUUUGAAUUAAUUUGUUAAUCUUUUUUCAAUUCGUCUGCCGGCCUACUUUAUCUCGUUUUAUUUCUUUGCAUUUUUGUUUGAUUUUCUUUAUUAUCGAAUUAUUUCGAAAUUAUCGAUUAAAUCCAUAAAGUUUAUUUUUCCUUUUUUUUUUUUCUUUCCUCACUUUUUUAAUAUCCAAGUGUUAUUACACGCGUCACGCGCGAGAAGCCAUAUCGUCGUCGAUGACUAAACACCACUGGUUCGGUUUAUUCUCCGAUUAGAGAAAAUUUCUCUCUAGAAAGAGAGAGUCGCUUGAAAGUGCACCAUACUUUGAUUUAAGAAGUCUAAGAAGAAGGAUUGUUGGACGAGAGAGAUUUUUAUUUCUUAGUGUUGUCUCAAUACUUGCCAAGAGAUAUCGAUAAUUAACACAGUUUCGCACAUGCGGUGAGAGGAAAGUCGACCAGUCAAAAGGUCAAGUGCAUGAAACGGAAAAGAAAGAAAGAAAGAUAUAGUUCGCAACAUCUGCUCCUUGUUAUAAUUCAAGGCUGACUUCUUUCUUGCGAAGAAAAAAGAAAGGAGAAAAUUUUAUACUCGUUGUGUAUGUGUGCGUGUGUAUGAGUGUAUCUAUAAAAGGGAAAUAUAUAUAUAAAAAGAGAAAACCAAAAAAGUAAAUCGCGAUGAAGCUCGAGGGAAACUGCUCGAAGGACGACGAUACCAAUGGGAUAUUAUUGCAAUCCAGGAAAAAUUCGGCUGUUCGGUUACAAGUUGUACCAUCGCCGCCAAAAACUAUCACGCAUUUACCAAAGAGACCACCAGUUGAUCUGGCCUUUUCUGAUCUCGUUUAUAAAGUUCGAGAGGGACGCAAAAACAAUGUAAAAACAAUCUUAAAAUCUGUGAGCGGCAGACUCCGUUCUAGUGAAUUGACAGCCAUUAUGGGACCAUCUGGUGCUGGAAAAUCAACUCUUUUGAAUAUACUUACCGGAUAUAAAUGGGCAGGAGUAGAAGGAAGUAUAACAAUGAACGGACACGAAAGGAAUUUAAGUGUCUUUAGAAAACUCUCUUGCUACAUCAUGCAGGAUAAUCAGCUUCAUGCCAAUUUAACUGUCGCUGAAGCUAUGAAGGUCGCUGCAAGUCUCAAACUUGGAAAACACGUUUCAAAAGACGAGAAAGAAGAAGUGAUACAAGAAAUAUUAGAAACUCUAGGUUUAUCCGAACAUAGACAUACUAUGACCUCGAACUUGAGCGGCGGUCAAAAGAAAAGACUUUCGAUCGCCCUUGAACUUGUCAAUAAUCCUCCCGUCAUGUUCUUCGAUGAACCCACAAGUGGAUUGGAUUCAUCAUCUUGUUUCCAAUGUAUAUCCCUGCUGAAGACAUUAGCUCGUGGUGGAAGAACAAUCAUUUGUACGAUUCAUCAACCCAGUGCAAGAUUAUUCGAAAUGUUCGAUGCGUUAUAUACUUUAGCCGAAGGUCAAUGCGUUUAUCAAGGAUCUACUUCUCAGCUGGUACCUUUCUUAAGAACAAUUAAUCUGAAUUGUCCAAGUUAUCAUAAUCCAGCUUCUUUCAUAAUCGAAGUCGCUUGUGGAGAAUACGGUGACAAUUUAAAAAAUUUGGUGAACGCGAUUAAAAAUGGAAAAUACGAUAUACGCGAAGGCCAUCCGUUUCCUGAUAUCAAAAAUGAAGGUUUGAAUAAUUCUGGAGCAAACUCUAGUUUCGAGAAGGACGUAGAAUCAAUUGAAAAUCAACGAGAAGUUAAAGAUAAAAAAAAUGUCAAUAACAUGGAGGAAAAAUUUCCAGAAAAUGAACAAAUCAAGGAAAUCAAUAAUGGUGGAAUUAUUCCGAGUUAUGUCACAAACGAUAUUGUUAAACAAGCUCCCGAAGUAACGAUACCUAUUUCUAACGAAAAAGACAACGUCAAGACGGCACUCCUCGACAACACGAUCAUCGUUACACCGGAAAGAUAUCCUAUCUCAGAAAUCGUACAAUUCUGGAUCGUUUUGAAGAGAGCGUUACUUUUCAGUCGAAGAGAUUGGACUCUGAUGUAUCUUCGUCUAUUUGCUCAUAUUCUGGUAGGCUUUUUAAUAAGUGCACUUUAUUACGAUAUUGGUAAUGAUGGUGCUAAAGUACUAAGCAAUCUUGGAUUUUUAUUCUUCAACAUGUUAUUCCUUAUGUACACGUCCAUGACUAUUACAAUUUUAUCCUUCCCGUUAGAACUUCCAGUACUCCUCAAAGAGAAUUUCAACAGAUGGUAUUCUUUAAAAGCGUAUUAUUUAGCCCUCACUGUGUCGGACAUACCUUUCCAGGCUAUUUUUUGUAUAAUCUACGUAACAAUCGUUUAUUUUCUAACGAGUCAACCGGCUGAGAUAAUGAGAUUCAGCAUGUUCCUAAGUGCCUGCCUGUUGAUAUCAUUCGUCGCACAAUCAGUAGGUCUUGUCGUCGGUGCUGCCAUGAAUGUACAAAAUGGUGUAUUUUUAGCGCCAGUAAUGUCAGUACCGUUCCUAUUAUUCUCGGGUUUCUUCGUCAGUUUCGAUGCCAUUCCUGUUUAUCUUAGAUGGAUAACUUAUCUUAGUUACAUCAGAUAUGGUUUUGAAGGAACAGCAUUAGCUACUUAUUCCUUCGCACGAGAAAAGCUCAAAUGCUUCCAGGUAUACUGCCACUUCAAAAAUCCAGAAACGACAUUAGAGGAACUCGAUAUGCUCGAUGCCGAUUUCACUCUGGACAUUCUUGCUCUUCUUUUGAUAUUCGUUGUUCUACGAAUUGCUGCGUAUCUGUUUCUCCGUUGGAAAUUGAAGUCAGCACGAUAAUAACCAUCAAAUUCAUCAAUUGUAUUUCUGUCUUUUUUUUAUUUUUCUUUUUUUAUUUUUUUGUAAAUUCACGAUCUCGACGAUAGUGAAACGAUUAAGAAAGAAACAUUUCUUGUUCUACGAAAAGAUUCCAAGAUUGAUGGAUCUUUUUUUACCGGUGCUAUCGAAUAUUUUUUGAACUUGAACAAUUACAUGUUGAACAUCUUUUGAUCCGCUUGCCGAUGCUUCAUGUAGAAAUAUGGAAGAUAAUCUACUAUGUGUAUGGAACCAGAGAAGAUUGUGCCGAAAUGAAAUCGAGAAAAAUAUAACAUGGAGAGCCUUAACCGUUUGAUUGCGAAUACCGUAUUAUUUAAAGGUAUCAAAUUUUUUGUAGGAUACGUACAAUCUGUGAUCUUUCUAUUUAGGUAAAUACGAUGUGAAAAAAAUUUUGUUUUAUAAAAAUAUAUGUUUUAUAUAUAUAUAUAUAUAUUAUAUAUAUAUAUAUAUAAAUUUCUUUUUUUAUUUGUUUUCUCUCUCUCUCUCUCUCUCUCUCUCUCACACACACACACACACUCUCUCUCUUUCUCUCUCUUUCUCUCUCUUUAAUAAUACAUAAAUAAUAUAUAAAUUGAUCAAUAAUUGUUCAAACGUAAUAAAUUAUUUCGUCACAAUUCUAGGCUAACAAACAAAAGCUUGUUUGCAGCCAAACGGUUAAAGAAAAUAACAUAGAAAGAAAAAAAGGAAGAAACAAAAGAGAGAUCUUCAAAAUGUUCAGUCUCAAAAUUUUUCACAAGAAAAUUUAUCGUUUAACUUUUUUUUUCUAUUAUUAUAUUGUAUGAGCCUAAUCUAUAAAAUAAUUUAUUUAUCUUUAGUUUCUAAUUACUCUAUAUAUAGACGAUGAUGGUUAUCUAUAAGUUAAUCGCUUUUUUUAUUCAGGGUACUAUCUUUCUCUCUAAUGCUAUUAUUAUUUACAAUUAUUACCGUUAUUAUUAUUAUUGUUAUUAUCAUUGUAAUUAUUCUUAUUAUUAUUAUUAUUACUAUUAUUACUAUUAUUAUUAUUAUUAUUAUUAUUAUUAUUAUUAUUAUUAUUAUUACGAUCACUAAUACUAUUUCUACUACAAUUAGAUUUUUUAUAACAAACUGAUUAUGAAUAUAAAUUCUCGACUUAUAAAUCAUUCACGAUCAUUAUGAAAUCAUUUAUGAGAUCAUUUGUCAAUGAUCAUUCGUUAACAAAAAAUAGAUAGAAAAGAAAAGUAUGAUCUUUUUUCUUCUCUAUCCUUCAUUUUACUAUUUUUUCAAUAAUUAUCACUCUCGUAAUUCAUAAACACAAAACAACCUUUCAUAGUCAAUAAUAAUAAUUAUUAUACUGCGGAUGUUUAUGCAAAUGUAUAGUUUUAUGGAAAAACAAAAAAAGAAAAGAAAAAAGUAGCAUUUAAGACGGAUAAAAAUUUAUUAUGUCAUGUAUAUAUUAUAACAAUGUAGAUUUUAUUCUGUAUAAUGUAUCGUAGAUAUGAUUUACAUAUUUUACGUAACUGAUAUAUAUAUAUAUAUAUAUAUAUAUAUAUAUAUAUAUAUAUUCAGGAAUAUAGACAUUUGUUUAAAAAGUAAUUAAUUUUAUAAAAAUAAUUAUAUAUAAUAAUAUUAUUUACAAGCAGUAAAAGCUGAUAAUAUAUUUUCAAUAUAUUAUCACUUCUAUCUUACAUAUUUAAUGAAUUUUCAUUUUUAUAUCUAUUCAAAUUCUUCAAAUAUUCGCAGAUUAAUAAUUAUGAUUUGUAUAUUAUUCCACCUGUUUUAUUUUCUUUUUCUUGUUUUUCUGUUUAUUAACGUAUGACUGUGACUGUAUGAAUGUAAAAGGGUUUUACGAUAAUACGUAUGUUAUCAAAAGUUUUUUUCUAAUCUUCUCAUUUUUGAUUAUCAAUGGAGAAAAAAAAUAGAUUUUUAGCUUACGGUACUAACACAUAAUUUUGUGUUAUCUUGCCGCGAUAAUUACUGUACAUGAUAAGUGAGUUAAAUAUUCUUAUUCAUACGCAUUAUACAUUAUGAAUCUUCCAUCUUUUAUCUUUCAGUUCAAUCGAUAUAUGAAAAAACCAUAAUUUCGAAAAGAUAAAUUGAUUAACAAACAAAAAUUUACAAUAUUAAUCUAAUCUUUGAGAAAGAAAAAAAAUAAGAAGCAUUUCAUUCCUUCAAUAUAAAUAAGUAUUUUAUAUACCAGAGAGAUUUAUUUCAUAUAUAAGAAAGAAAUAUGAAUUUAUGAGUCUAUUAAAUGUCGAUUAAAAAAAAAAACAAACAGAUACAUAUAUAUAUAUAUAUAAAUUUUAUUCUGGCAAUCGUGCCUAACGGGAGUGGUCGUAUUACAUAUACAUGUAUGUACAUAUACUUUAGUUUCAAAUUU